ACAUUGAGCUGUCCAUAGCUGGGCGUUAUUGAACUUGUAGAACUUGCACAACAUUUCAUAUAUUGCACUAAGACGCCCACAUUCAUCAGGAGUUCAACAUUAUUUAACUGACAGAACUCUGCAGGUGGUUCAAAAUGGAUCAACAAUCGUAUGAAAGUGAAAUUAAGUCGGGUGGCCACGGAGAAAAAUUCCAAACAGACGUUGCCCUCGUACUGUUGCUGCGUACGCGGGAAUUAAGUUCCGCUACAAGGAUGGCGUAUGAAAUGAAGAUGGCCGACAAGUUUGACGAUGUUGUGUUGAUUGACGAUACAAACAAGGUGAUCCACUUAAUUCAAGCAAAACACGCCGAUACCAAGGAUGAAAAGGUUAAAAAUAUCGAUCUGGAUGCCCUGUUUCCAACUGGAAAUAGUGCCAAACGCACCGGGGACUUUGAUUUGUGCAAGUAUGCCAAAUCCUACAUGACUGUGACUGGAAGUUUGGAACUAAAGGCGUUCAAGAAGAUGUUUUACAUCUUCACCAAUAAGGAUCUGAAACAGACCGAUAACGAGUGGGUGAAGAUCGAAGAACGGGAAGUAAAUGAAAUCCUACGUUUUUCUGGAUCCAGUGCCAAAAACCUGGAACUUAUUCCAAGCGAAAAGGCUAUCAACGAGGUGCUCAAUUACAUCAACAAAGAUAUCAUUGCGAUUAAAGAUGCGAUCAAAGAGUUCUUUCACAGCGGAACGGUCAGCCCAAUUUUAACUCACUAUUGCACUCCAUUGAAAGACGUUAUGAUCAUAGACCGGAAAAAGUGUCGCUUUGCAAGCAACUUCAAUGCUGAAAAUCCCAAUGUUGCCAAGCUAUACACCAUGUUGCAAAGCGAUCAGGUUGAUAUGGAGAAAGAAGUAACCGUCAACAAUAAUUUCCUGGCGAAAGACUCAAGGAACAAACUUUUGCCACCAUUCGUUGGUGAGGAUGACAUUCGUGGCUUCUUUCGCGAUUUGACUCUAUCGGUGGGUCAACCAAACGAUUUGCAACCUAUCAUCGUUGGUGAACUACUGGCUUGGAUGAAGACGUGGAUUCAACCGGACAUUCUCGGUAAGCUGGGGCAAAAGGACUUGGAUCAGGUGUAUAUCGACCUGAAAGAUUAUUUUGUAAAAUGCAACGAACCUGAUAACAAAACUAGGAAGCGUUUUUUGGCCAAACAAGGUAUCGAAAAAUGCUUUGGACAAUUAAAGCGUGGAAUGGAGACGGGUGUCAUAAAGCGCGUAAUGGCAGAGGUGGAAGAAUGGCAAUUUACGUAUAUUAACCGCCAUAUCAAGUACGAAGAGACGGCAUUAGAACCAACCGGUAAAUUAUUAACCAAGGCAACAGAUAAGGAUAGGACUAGCACAAUAGUUCGAAAGAUAAGUGAUACUAUAUUAGUUGAAGAGCUUCGAGGAAGAUUCAAAUACCAGCAACACAUUUUACUUGUAGCAGACCCCGGUAUGGGAAAAACCAUUUUACUGCAGUUUUUGGCAUUUCAGGUUCAAAAACAAAGCCACUCUGCAGUAUUCUUGGUGUAUUUAAGCACGCUUUGUAAUGCACUAAACAAAAUUGAAAAAGUAUCAAACUUAGACGAUGUCCGGGGAAUUCUCAGCGCUGCUCUUUCAGAGAAUAACUGUAAUCUCAUCCUUAAUGCCCCGGAAAGGCGAAAUGACGAAGAAUAUUCCAUUAUUUUAGCAUUGGAUGCAUUUGACGAAAUACAUUCCAAAUACACCGAGAAAGUAAUUAGUAUACUUGAACUGCUCAGCUCUAGAAAGAGUAUUCAGUUCAUAAUCAGCUCGAGACUCCACGUGCAGGAAUUAUUGCAAAGGAAAUUCGAUGUGAAGCUAAUAUCCCUAGUCCCUUUUCGGCAUAAGGAUCAGAUCCAGUACUUGAAGAAAAUAUGGAUGAAGGACAGUGUUGAUGAGAAAGUGCAUUUUAUCCAACUUGAGUGA